AUGCCAACCAAGCGGGACCCUGUCAUGGUCUCUCGGCGCCGCGCCGACGGCAAUGCGCGUGACCACUCCGCACUCGCAAAGACACACGAGGGCGUUCGCUCUAACAACACCCAAUUUCCGCCCGUUACCAGCAGGGUCAACCAACCAGCACCUACGCCACCCACCAUCAACGACUCGCGACCACAUUGCAACAACCCGACGGCCCAAAACAACCUAGCGGCGGUACAGCAGCCACCGGGCAAGGCCAACUACCGCAACGUCUCGGUUUCGCGUAUCGGACCCCGCCUGCUCGUGUCGCCGUUUCGCACCGAGCGGGCCGAAUGA